UUCCCAACACUCAUCAUCGCACGCUGCGUUCCCUUUGUGCAACACAUCCACAGUUUACCUAUGUGUUUAAAAGUGUUGGUGGACAGAUUUUGUGUUGCUGCUGUUGCUGCUGUGAGUGUGCAGUGGGUUUGUGUGUGAGGAAGCGGUGUGGUUGGACUGUCAAGCGCAGAGGUGACAGAGCCGAAACACUUCCUCGUCCUACUCACUACUCGCAUCACGACGACCUGCAGACUUUACCAGCCUCUCAUAAUCCACAUUAGAGCGAACUGACCUCACGUGUCUCUUCCAACUUGGCAUGAGGCGCUCAUGUAAGUUAGUGUGAAGUUUGCGUGUAACGAUCAGAAGCAUUGGCGGAAGGAAUGUAAAGUCUGGUGUCUGUGAAUCUACCAUAGAGCACGUCUUCCUCCCCUUCUGAAUGAUGCCUCGUUCAUUCUUGGUGAAGAGAGGAGGGCUGCACCACAUUCGGCCUAUAGCAAGAAGCCCCAGCUUUGGAUCGACCCCGGUAAUUUUUGGCGAACUUAAGAAAAAGACGGGGCCCUGGGGUACAUCCUUGGAGUACACCGCAGCAGAAGUGCCAGAUGAUAAUGCAGCCUCCAUCACAUCAUUGCACCAAGACGUUCCUCCUGAGAACGCUCAGCCAUUCAGUCCCAAGUCUUACGAGUGUAGUUUAGCAGAGCCCUGCAGUCCUGUCACCAGCAAUGUUGAGAAAGUUGUCCCUCACCCUCCCACGCCAGCAGUAUGGUCAAGUCCCCACAUGAGCUCAGGAUAUCCAGACAAACUCUCAGCAGGCCUGGGAGACUUGACUGAGCACCAUCAGAUCCUGAGGGAGACCAGGAGCGGCGGCUGUUCCAAGAUCAGUGCUGCGAGGCAGGAGUGUCCACUCUGUAGCAAAAUGUUUUCAUGUCUGUCAAGUUUGAAGACUCACAUAUGUAAAAGUCAUGGAAGCAGAGCACGUCUGUCAGCACCACACCUCAAAUCCAGGAGGCCUGACAAUGAGCGGCCAUCAAGCAGAGGAAAGGAGAGGACAUUUGGCUGUACGGUGUGUGGAAAGGUGUUCAAGCGCUCCUCCACCCUCUCCACCCAUCUGCUCAUACAUUCAGACACCCGGCCCUAUCCCUGCCAGUACUGUGGCAAAAGGUUCCACCAGAAGUCUGACAUGAAGAAACACACCUUCAUACACACUGGGGAGAAGCCCCACGUGUGUCAGAUUUGCGGCAAGGCGUUCAGCCAGAGCUCCAACCUCAUCACCCACAGCCGUAAACACAGGGACGACCGGCCCUACCGCUGCCCCCGAUGCUUGUACGGCUUCCAGCACAAACUGGACCUGCGACAGCACCAGGAGCACCACUGCACCUACCGCUGAUGGUUGCACAGCCAACACCUAAGACGUUUUUUGGUCAUCAGGGAAACACUGUCGGAAGAGAAAAGCUACUGACUGUGUUGUUCUAAAACCAGAAGACAUAUUAUUUUGCUUUAAUUCUAUUCAGCAGUCUUUUAGGACUGGGAUAGGCUAAGAAUUUAAUCUUCUGUGUUCCUCUUCAAUUGUAAAGUUUCAAGCUACUCUUGUUCUAAUUACAGUGUUUUGAUUAUAUAAGGAAGUUUAACAUUAUUUGUAUUUUUGUAUCUUCUGUAAUGAAAUGUCCCUCCAAUUGUUUUCUGUCCAUUAUUGUCAAACCAAAAAUGAUUUAGAAGCGCACAUGCCAGAAGUAAUUUUUAUAUUCUGAGAAAAGCCACUUGAUAAUAAUGGUGAAAAUAAAGACCUGAGGCUGUUGCUGUCAACAUCUA